AUGUCCACCGCCGACGUCUCGGCGGCGCUGGGCGCUCUCGAAGCUCUCUCUUCCCAACCCGCCAGCGGUCCCCUCACUGCCGUUAUCGAGAACCACAUUGCCGUCGCUCGAAUGCGACUCGAGGCAGGCGCACCACCCAAACAAGUCAUCACGGAGCUGCAGUCCUCAAUCACGCGUGCCAAGAAAGAGGUAGAGCGCGGUCUGAAAGCAUGGUACUCGGCUAUAGGCAACGUGGGCAAAGGUGUUGAAAAGGUGCGUGUCUGGUGCCCAUGUUCCAUCGCUGGGUGGCGCUGUUUGCUGACAUGGCGUGUGAUUCCGCUUAUCCUACCUUCCCUCCAUGUGAACGUACGCCUCGCUUCUUCCUCGACACAGGCCUUCCCUCCAAACCUUGCGUCCAUUUCGUCGGCAUACGACGAUCCACCCCUCUUCUCCGACCCCGAGGCCGUAGACGCCCUCGACCGCGUCGUGCUUGACUCCCUCGGUCGUCGCGGACUGUGGGAUGCGGUGGCGGCAUUCGAAGACGAGACGGGUUUGGCCUACGAUACCGAGAAGCGCGAACUGAGCGAGGAGCUGUGCCGUAUCGAAUCCGACAUUGAGGCUGGAAACCUGUCGAGCGCCAUCGCAUGGUGCGACGUGCACAAGGAGCAGCUGGCCAGUGGUCCCAACCCUUCGUCUCUGUCGUACUACCUCCACCGCGCCGUCUUCCUCGCCCAGCCCGACCCAGCGGCCUCGCUCAAGUACGCGCAGGACCACCUGUUCGACUACCUCCGCUCGCAGCCCGGCCAGGUCCAGGCCCUGCUCACAUCGUGUCUCUACGACUCCACAAACUCACCAUACGCCAAUGAGGCCGCCCCGCUUGCCGCCAUGUUCCGCGCCGACUACUGCCGCGCUCACGGCUGGGCGCGGGAGGAACCCCUCGAAGUCACUGUCCGCCUCGGAUCGCGCGGUGGCGCCCUCAACGCCAUCGAAAAGGCCAGGCGCGUCAUGGGUGACCGGCUCGGAAACGUCAGACAUUGGCAGGAACUUCCGGUAGGUGCAGUCUCCCAAAACCAGACCCGCUAA